AUGAAGACUCUGUCCAUUCGGAUUUAUGGCGUUGAUGCUCCCGAGCUUCAAAAACGAAAUGCAUAUCCUCUGUCUCAACCUUUCGCGGAAGAAGCAAAGCAACUGACUUCUGACCUUGUGAUAGGAAGGAAGAAAGAUGUGUCUAUAGAACUCACAAAGAGAGGUCUAGCAACGCUGUAUACUGGGGGAGGUGCAGAAUAUGACGGAAAUCGUGCACUAUUAGAAUCACUAGAGGGUAAAGCAAAGAAAAGCCGGGUGGGCGUUUGGUCUAACAAUAACUAUGUUUCCCCAGCAGAGUUCAAAAGGAUGCAAUAG